AUGAAUAUCUGCAUUUUAGGCAUUCUCCUUUCAAUAUUUGCUUUUUAAAAAAGUUUUGCAGCAGUAAUAUGCAAAGAUUCAUAAGCUUUGCCUGAUAAAAAUGGGAUAUGCUAUUGUAAUUAUAGUUAUUUUGGAACUCCUUCUGGAGUAAAUACUUAAUGCACAUCUUGUGGAGGAAGUUAAUCUUCUCCAUAUGGAUCUGUGUCAAGUUUGGCAUGUAUAACUUGCCCUUCAGAUAGUACUACAUUUGAUCAAGGCUCGGGUAAAUGCCUUUGUUCUGAUUAAAAUGCUAUUUUUAACUAUACUGCUGAUACGUGCGUUUGUAAUGCUAAUUUUUAUGCUGAUGUAAAAAAUAACAAUACUUGUACUCCUUGUCCUAAUGGCCAAACUUCUUUAUAAGGUACUUAAAAAGCAUGCUAAGGAAGCUAAAGUAUUAUUCUUAUUGCAUCACACUUGUUAGUUUGUAUUUUGAUGUUUCUGAUUUGA